UCCGGAGAGGCGCCCUCGACGUGCGCCCCCCUUCGGCGGUGGCAACGGAGCUGGGGAGGCAGUCAUCAGAGGUUCAGAGUCCAGCGCCCGCAGAGGAGAAGAGGCAGCCACCGCUAUGAUCCAGGCACUGGUGCUGCUGUUGCUGGCUGGGAACGGAGCCACAGCUACCAGCACCAAUCCCCGUCUGAAGCUCUCCUUCCAUGACCUGCGGAUGCGCCACGGAUUACGCACCUACGAGUUGGAGCGCUCCUGCUGCUAUGACUCACUGCUGCUGGAUGAAGAGCGAGGGCGGCUUUUUGUGGGCGGAAAAAAUUACCUGGCAUCCUUGAGCCUCGACAACAUCAGCAAGCAGGACAAGAAGAUUUACUGGCCGGCGCCUGUGGAAUGGAGGGAAGAAUGCAACUGGGCAGGCAAAGACAUCAAUGCCGAGUGCAUGAACUUUGUCAAGAUCCUGCACCUCUACAACCGCACCCACCUGUAUGCCUGCGGCACCGGGGCCUUCCACCCCACCUGUGGCUUUGUCGAAGUCGGGCAGCGUCUGGAGGACUCUGUGUUCAAACUGGACCUCAGGAACUUGGAGGAUGGCAAAGGAAAGAGCCCCUAUGACCCACGGCACAUGGCUGCCUCAGUGCUUGCUGGUGAAGAGCUUUAUUCCGGGGUGGCUACAGACCUGAUGGGCCGGGACUUCACCAUCUUCCGCAGCCUGGGCUCAAGACCCUCCAUCCGCACAGAACAGCAUGACUCCCGAUGGCUCAACGAGCCCAAGUUCAUUGAGGUCUUCUGGAUCCCGGAGAGUGAGAACCACGACGACGACAAGAUCUUCUUCUUCUUCAGGGAAACGGCAGUGGAGGGAUCCCAGGGACUGGGCAAGCAGACCUUCACCCGCAUUGGCCAGAUCUGCCGGAAUGACAUGGGGGGACAGAGGAGCCUGGUGAAUAAGUGGACGACCUUCCUGAAGGCACGACUAGUGUGUGCCGUUCCAGGCAGUGACGGGAGUGACACCCACUUUGACCAACUCCGUGAUGUCUUCUUGCUACCAACCAGGGACAAGCGUAACCCAUUGCUCUAUGCUGUUUUCACCACCUCCAGCACCAUUUUCAAAGGCUCUGCUGUCUGUGUGUACCACAUGAACGACAUCCGCCGAGCCUUCUUGGGGCCUUUUGCGCACAAGGAGGGGCCCAACUACCAAUGGGUGUCCUACCAAGGCCGGGUCCCUUACCCCCGCCCAGGAAUGUGUCCCAGCAAAACCUUCGGCACUUUUAGUUCCACCAAGGAUUUCCCUGAUGACGUGAUCCAAUUUGCCCGCAAUCACCCGUUGAUGUACAAUCCGGUGUUGCCACAUGGUCAGCGACCCGUCUUCUUGCAAACCAACGUGGGCUACACCUUCACCCGCAUCGCAGUGGACCGUGUAGCGGCGGCCGACGGCCACUAUGAUGUCCUUUUCAUCGGCACAGACAUUGGCACAGUCCUGAAGGUCGUCUCUGUGCCCAAGGAGAGCUGGCAAAACAUGGAGGAGCUGCUGCUGGAGGAGCUGCAGGUGUUUAAGGACUCCUCUCCGGUUACCAGCAUGCAGAUCUCCUCCAAGCGGCAACAGCUCUACAUGGGCUCCCGGACAUCCAUUUCCCAGCUGCCCUUGCACCGCUGUGGGAUCUAUGGCAAAGCUUGUGCGGAGUGCUGCCUAGCAAGGGACCCCUACUGCGCCUGGGAUGGCACCACCUGCACCCGCUACAUGCACAACACCAAACGGCGGUUCCGGCGUCAGGAUGUGAGGAAUGGGGAUCCCAAUUCGUUGUGCUCUGGAGAUCCCCAGCAAAGCACCGUGCCGGAAAAGAAGCUAUAUGGUGUGGAAGGCAGCAGCGCCUUCCUGGAAUGCCUCCCUAAGUCCCUGCAGGCUGAGGUGGUGUGGACAUAUCAGAAAACCAGCAGCACCCCCCGGAAGGAGGUCCUGAUGGACGAUCGGGUCGUCAAGAUGGAGCGGGGAAUCCUGUUGCGCAAUGUGCAGCGCAAAGAUGCUGGCUUUUACCAUUGCCAGGCCACGGAGCAUGGCUUUACCCAGAGUCUGCUGCACCUCCGGCUUGAAGUGAUCUAUGCCCAGCAGGCCGACUCCCUCUCCUGGGAAGAGGAGCCCACAGAGCCCUUCCAUCGCAAGGUCUGGUACCGGGAUUUCUUGCAGUUGGUGGAUCACCCCAACCUCAGCACCAUGGACCAGGUGUGUGAGCAGCUAUGGAGCCGCAAGAGCCACCAUCCCAAGAAGAAGCUGCCGCUGCCUCCUCCGCUCAGUGUCAAGGCCAAGAGUCACAAGUGGAAGCACCUGGAGGAGAAACGGAGAGCCCGCAGCCGGAGAACACAUGAAGUGCCCCGUGCCGAAAGGGGCCCCCGGAGCACGGACAUCUGGUGACCUGCGAGGAGCACAGCUGGACAACCUCUAUGCUGGAAG